AUGUAUGGAGAAAAGCAGAAAUAUAAAAUGACUCCAAAGGCCUUCCAGCCUCCUAACCACGCAGCCUCCACCGCGGGUCCUCGGUGGGUCGCGCGGCAGACGCGCGAGGCUCUGACAACGCAGGCCUCCUCCCUCUCUCCCGGCUGGGCGCAGCACAGGGCGGAGCUCCCGGCGCGCCACUGUACGUCCCUCCCGGCCAGGAGCCUAAAGCAGGCGGUGCAAGCAGCCGGUGGCGUUAGGGAAAAUGCACAUGCCUUGGGCGCUGGCCAUGGUUCACAAAAGCGGAACGUUCAAAGCUUAGGUUCGCGCCGAGGACCUGCUCCUCGAGGGCCUGGUGCUUUCGCCGCUCCGCCAGAGCUUGGAUUUACUCUGGGCAACGUGGUUGGAAUGUAUCUGGCUCAAAACUAUGACAUACCAAACCUGGCUAAAAAAAUUGAAGAAAUUAAAAAGGACUUGGAUGCCAAGAAGAAACCGCCUAGUUCAUGAGGUCGACUCCAACACUGCCUUCUGGAUACACUAAUCUUCUCUUGAGAGCCUCCCUUUUCCAUCUGAACCAAAAACUUUUGUUUUUCCCUCCAGCCUCAGCAACGUUCUUCUUAGCUAGACCCUAUGUUUUUUGCCUUGGAGCAAAAUGGGGCUCCAGGUUGAGAACUACCCUUGCAUUUCCAACAUCCUCAUCUUUCUCCAUAUCUUCCUUCCAGCUGCAUGGAAAAUUCUAAGACUGGAAUUAUGGUGCUAGAUUAGUAAACAUGACCUUAACUGAGUAGUCUCUUCCUCAUUCCUUGGGAUUUCUACUACCUUUUGUCAAAAGAAAAAUUGAUGAGUUUUGUAUAGCUGGUUAGACACAAAUAAUACUGAUUUCACAGUUUAGCAGUUACAACAGGUGCUUGUUAAACAUCUGGUACUAAAUUAUGUUGUUUCACAAUAACUAAAAUGAAUAUCUAGAAGCCAGUUUUUUGGUGAAAUAUACAUUUAUUUUAUACUGAUACUGUUAGGCAGCUCCAUAGUUGCUAGUUUAACCAAUAAAUCAAUUUGCUAUUCAUUAACUGAAAAUUUUUGAGAAUUCUCCCAGGAAUUUAAAAAUAUGCAAAAUAAUGAUCUUUGUCCCAGUAGAGUUUAUGGUCUAUUUAGUUUAUGUGUUUUUUCUUCCUAAUGUAUUUGAUCUGAAUUUUUUCCCUCAGAAGAAUCAUACUUGGGAUUAUAGGUACAUUUGAUGUUAUAUGGUAGAUAAAUGAAGUUGUCUAUAAAGGAAAUUCUAUGCCUUUUCACAGUAUGUAAGAGUAUACCUAUAGUGAUUUUCAAAAGAAAAGUGUGACCCAAAUGUAUAAUAAAGUCAGCAUCUCCAGAAGGAUAA